CUUCACAUAGGUCUUUUCACCGAUGACAACCAGAGGAUGGAGGCAGUAUUAGCCAAGUAUGAAAACCAAAUAAACGUGUUUUCGGAGUUCCUUGAAGACUUGCCUGACACCGAUGAACCUGUAUGGGUUUUAGGAGAGUGUUACAAUGCUAAAACAGAAAAGACUGAGCUACUAUCAGACGUCCACUCGCGGUUAUGGUUUACCUACAGGAAAAAAUUCUCUCCCAUUGGGGGAACAGGCCCCUCUUCGGAUGCAGGCUGGGGAUGCAUGCUACGGUGUGGGCAGAUGAUCCUGGCACAGGCCCUGGUAUGCUCACAGCUGGGACGAGCCUGGCGUUGGAGGGCAGAGGGAGAACAGCCGGAGGAGUACCAGCGUAUCCUCCACUGUUUCCUGGAUAGGAAAGACAGCUGCUACUCCAUACACCAAAUGGCUCAGAUGGGAGUUGGUGAAGGGAAGUCUGUAGGAGAGUGGUAUGGCCCAAACACAGUUGCACAAGUGCUCAAGAAACUUGCGCUAUUUGAUGACUGGAAUUCUCUUGCUGUGUAUGUGUCAAUGGACAACACCGUUGUGAUCGAGGACAUCAAGAAGCAGUGUCGCCAGGCAAGCAGAGAGAGCAGAUUGCGGCCGAGACCCUGUGGCCGGGAGGAACCCUUCACCUCUGGAGAAACACCAGAACAAGCCUGUUCUCACACGCACGGGAACAGAGUCACGACGUGUCCACAUUCCCCGUCCCUUUCUGACUGGAGGCCCCUGCUGCUGGUCAUACCGCUCCGCAUGGGAAUCAACCACAUCAACCCUGUCUACAUCCAGGCCCUCAAGGAGUGUUUUAAAAUGCCACAAUCCUGUGGUGUGCUGGGAGGAAAGCCCAAUCUGGCCUAUUACUUCAUCGGAUUUGUAGGAGAGGAGCUGAUCUACCUGGAUCCCCACACCACCCAGUCAGCCGUGGAGGCAGAGGCUGGCAGUGGAUUGGACGACCAGAGCUACCACUGUCUGAGGAGUCCACGCCGCAUGAAGAUCACCAACCUGGACCCCUCUGUGGCCCUGGGAUUUUUUUGUAAGAGUGAAGAUGACUUCGACAGUUGGUGUAACCUGGUCCAGCAGGAGAUCCAGAUGAAGAGGAACCUGCGGAUGUUUGAGCUGGUGGAGAAUCACCCGCCCCACUGGCCCCCCUUCUUUCCUCCCACCAAACCAGAGGUCCAGACCACAGGGGCAGAGUUAAUCGAAUCGACCGACAAGCUGUUUGAGUCUGAAGAGGAGUUUGAGAUCCUCAACGUGUGACCAGCCUCCCUUGCGCUCCCAUCCCCUCCGCCCAGUCCAGUGGAUGAUGGUGAUUGGGUGGAUUCCCUUGGCUCCCAUGUUCCUGUGCUGUAGAAGUGCCUCAGAACAACACCAAGCACAAACUGCUUACCACUUUGCAAAAAACACUAACAACCCAGCAAGAGACAAAUACUAGAUAAGGAAAGAUCCUGGACAACAACUCAAGACAGUGACCAAAUGAAGGCAGGAACAUGGUGUAUACAGUAAAUGCAAGCUUGCACUGUUUCAUUUUGAUGUUGUAACCAGGAAACAAAGCCAGGGACCAUGGUUGUCUUUAUAUGAAACAGGCUUUCUUUGGAAGUCUGUGUUAGUUGUUUAAUGAACAAGAGAGACGAAGACCGUUCAGAUGCAUGAACCGCAUUGUACUGCAAGAGGUACAGUGAGACUACACCUCUGCUGUGGCAGGGAGAGGACCUAGGUGAAGACAGGCACGAGGAUGAUACGUCUGAAGAAGCCAUUUCCUCAGCACACACUACCUCCUGACGCCAGGAGACAAAUAUAUGCAGACAUCUGGGUUUUUUCAGUGUUAAAAUACAAACAUACAACCAAUAACUUGUUUAUUAAGAAAAGUGCCUCUUAACUAUAUGUGUUCAAUGGUUGGGGAGGGAAAGGGUUUUCCCAACGUAUUGGACAGGGGGAUGUGGAACACCCACCCUCUGCACACUCUUGUAAAUAUGCCUGACAAUAAAGAUAUUUAAAGACUUUG